GGAGAGCUCACCACAGUCGUCCUUGCCUUGAGCUCUCUCUACAUGAAAAUCCUGGCCCUGCUCUGCAUGGAUCCCUGAGCACAGCCUGACGUCACACUGGGAAACAGGAAGUGAUUCCUGGAGUCAGGUUUGCAGAGUUUAGACCAUAACUACUAAGUGUAGCAGUGUCACAGCCUAGAAAGAAUAUUUGGUGUUAACUAUUUCUGACUUUAUUAUAUUAGAUUGUAUUGCAUUCCUCACACAACACUGAAGCUCAGAAUUAUGAUUUGCAUUUUCUGAAAUUCAGCAAGGUCAAUUAUGAGAACAAUACAACAGAGAGAGAGAGAGAGAGAGAGAGAGCACAAACAGGAUCCACAGGAGGCACAAUCUCAAGCAGAAGACCAGGAGAGUGCUGCCCUCUAGUGUUAAACCCCGGCUCCUCCUGCGACUCCAACAGCCACACACAGCCCAGAUCCAAAUGAAUAAUUCAUAAAUGAUGGGAUGAUAAAGCAGCAAUUCACAGACAUGCGAUGUAAUUGAUAACUGUGGCGCUGAUAUGAAACGCACACGUGUAAUCUGCUGGACAAGCUAAUGUUUUGGGAUUUAAAGUCAUAGUAACUGGACAACGCUGGUGCAGGGAUCCCUGAAGCAACCAUAAAAUGAGGAUUAUCCACUUCUCACGCUUUUUGUAUCAGUAAAGUACAACUAAUAUGUGGUCAGAGCAGCCUAAUGGCCGCCCGGGGCCGUUUGAAGCGCCUGCAGUGGGCUUCAGUCCAGGCCAGUUCACCGCCUACUCUCAUGUUUUUACAAACGUCAGCCACUUCGCUGCCUCUUUCCCACAGAUUAACCUACUAGUGCCAGUCAGCGACCAGCGUGGGGCGGUUCUGGUUUAAUAUUUAACCCCCUCCGCCCCUUUACACACAAUGGCCAGUCCCCUUGUUAGUAUCGAGAGGCAGUGAGUCACCUGAGAGAGCGUGAGCCGUGUGGGCCAAGCGUUAGGUUACAUCCACGCUCCCGUAAUAACAAAAACUCCAACAUGUGAAAGUCUGGGACCCGCUGGAGUGAGGAGACGACCUGGGGUCACAAAGGGAUCCUGUGAAUACAUCUUUGUCAAUGAGUUAGCAAAAAUCUGCCCACAGCAUGAGAAGCUGGAGCAGGAAGCUCAAGGGACGAGCGCCUGACAGCGUGGACGAGACCUCCGCUGGCAGGAGGAACUCCAUUAGCGCUCCACCGGUGCCUGCGUGGGUUGCUCACUCGCCCACGCCGGACGAUUCCACGGAUGGCGGCGAAAGCGCCACAAGCCUCGCGGCCAAUUCUCCGCCUUAUGCAGAAAGGGAGGACAAUGCGCGCACAGGCAGCAUUAAGGACAGACUCAAGUCCCUCGUCCCCCAGUCGUGGGGUGGGAUCAUCCCCAAACGGACUGGCAAUGACGCCGAACGCAGCACAGCUGGGGUCCAGAUCCUUCCCAACGGGACCAGGGUCAGCCCUCCGGUGUCCCCAGUUCUUGGGGAGCCCAAGAACUGGGAGGAAAACUCCAGCCAGAAUUCCCAAAAGCCUUUGCUAAACUGGAGUCAUACUGGUGAGCGGCUGGGUCAAGGCUCCCCUGAGGAGUCUCUGCUCACUGGUCUCAACCCGACUGAGUACUACGCCGAGAAGCUGGAGGUCUACAACCAGAAGUACUCUUAUUUGAAGUCCUGGCCCGGCCUGCUCAGGCUGCUCGCUGGACUUCAGCUCCUGUUUGGAGGAAUGGUCUUCGCCUGCGUCAUUGCCUACAUUCAGAAAGACAGCGAGUGGUCCAACCUGUAUGAUGGCGUGUACAACACCGGCAUUGGUCUGUCUGGGUACAGCUACAGAGGCCCCAUGACCCCCUUCAUUCUGGCUGUAGCUGGCGUCUGCUGGAUCAUGACCCUGUGUCUGUUGGUGGUGGGAAUGACCAUGUACUACCGCACCAUCCUCCUCGACGCCCCCUGGUGGCCGCUGACGGAGGCCUUCGUCAACGUGGCCAUGUUCCUGCUCUACAUGGCGGCGGGGAUCGUGUACCUGAACGACCUGAACCGCGGAGGCCUGUGCUACAUGACGAUGGGCGUCAACCCCAUCGUGGCUCAUCUGUGUCGCGUCGACGGCGGCCAGAUGGCGGGAACCGCCUUCAUCUACAUCAACAUGACUCUGUAUCUGGGCAGCUUCCUGGUGUGUCUGAAGAUGUGGAGGCACGAAGCCGCCCGCAGGCACAGACCGCAGGAGGAGUUUGAACGGUCCAUCCCACUCAAACCCCAAAAGCCAAAGCGCAUAUCAUUCAAGGAUGAAAUGGACAAGUCUCCGAGUAGAGAUUGCGCCAGUCUGCAUGUACCUGUCCAUGAAGUUCAUAAGAACCCACUGCAGAAAGACAGAGUGUCAGAAUACACCCCUAAAGUCCACAUCAUUGCAGACUACAUCAUAAAGUAUCCAGAGAUUGGCUGCGUGGAAGAACGGGAGAAGUACAAGGCUGUGUUCAAUGACCAGUAUCAGGAAUACAAGGACCUUCACAGAGACAUCAGCACCACCAUCAGCAAAUUCAGAGACUUGGACACAGUGAUGGAGCGUCUCCUCAGAGAUGGAAAAAGUGAUCCACAGAGGAUUCAAAGCAUUUUGAAGACAUAUGAGGAGAAAAAGAGUGACCCUGCUUUCCUAGAAAAAAGAGAGCGCUGUGAAUAUCUGAAGGCCAAACUGAGCCACAUCAAAAGCAGAAUACACGCUUUUGACCAGGAAACCAUCACUCCGAACCAAUAUACAGUAUAUACUCCUCAGUACUACGACAGCCCCCCUGUGUACAGCCCACCCUACAGCACCACCUCCCACAGCUUCUACCUUCCACGGAGCGUCCACUCCCCCUUGAACCAACAUGUCCCCCACAGCCACAACCUCAAUCCUGACUCGUACUACAGGGAGGAGAGGCCUCAACACUUCUACCGCUGGUUUUCUCCUCCUGGUUUUGUCAAGACCUUCCAAGGAGCCACGGCUCUCAUGUGCUUCCUCAUCUUCGUCUGCGUGGCUUCCACCUUGGUGUGGGACACGAAUGGAUUUGGACUCGGGGGCUACGGCGCCGGGGCCUCGGGGGAGUUCAUGGGAGCGGGGUCGGGAUAUUAUGGCGGCAGCUACGGCUACAGCGGCUCCUACAUGACGCCGUACUCGGCCAAGUCGGCCAUGAUCUCCACGGCGGCCGUCAACUUCCUGCUGUCUCUGGGGUUCCUCAUAGCCAGUUUCUCAAGGUCACGGACCACGAGGGGGUGCAGGUUUUACCUCAUUGUGUUCAUCAGUGAUGUCAUCUUAGCUGUCCUACAGGGCAUCAUCAACAUCAUCUUUGUGAUCGGAGUGAACCCGAUGUCCCAGAGCUCACAGAGCGUGCUCUACAACCCCAUGCUGAUGAUGUGCCAGAACCUCCAGGGCCGGCCCAGCCUCAGCGGCGCGGCGGGGGCCAGCUUUCCGGGGGGCCUCCUCAUGUACAAUCAGUACCUGCAGCACUACUGUUACAUGGAUCCCGAGGAGACAGUAGCGCUGGUGCUGGGUUUGAUGGUGGUGCUGGCGCUGUCCCUGUCCGCCUACUACGCCUACAAGACCCGCAGCAAGAUCUGGAAUCACGGCAAAGCCAACAUCUACUGGGAGGAGCCGCUGAUGAGGCCGGCGGACGGGCAGAACGUCCAGGACUGGGUGAAUCAUGUUGGAGACGUGCGCAGCACCCAGCAGGCACCAACUGUUGUUGUAUCCGAGAGACCAGCACCUGAUCUCAGGGCGGAGAACGGUGUGAUGUUCAACAAUAAGAGCACGGUCGGCAUCCGCAGCGAGGGAAAUGAUAAAAGCAGCAGCGGUCAUCGGGACGCAGCGCCGCUCCACCAGAACCAGAACAGCAGAGCUGCCGCCUGCUCCAGCGGCACCUCCGACGGAACCGGGAGCAUCUGGAAGCCUCCCGCUCAUCACGUCCAGCAGGAACGAGGGCCCCAGUCUGCAGCUCAGCAGGCGGAGGAAUACCAGGAUGAAACUGGUUACACCACCGGAGACACUGGCCACACGCUGGACCACACUGAUUACCUGUACAGGCUGUACCCGGAGAUAACUUCAGACGAGCAGCGCCGGCGGUACAAGCAGGAGUUCGACUCGGACCUGGCUCGCUAUCGGAGCCUCUGCGCCGAGAUGGACGACAUCAGCGACCGGAUGCGCAAGUUAAGGCGGGAGCUGGACGCGCUGGACGAGGGCCGUGUGAGCUAUCAGGCGGCGGCAGACGAGUAUGAUCGACUGAAAGACCUGAAAAGGAAACCAGCCUAUCAAGCGAAGAAGGAGCAGAGCAAAGAGCUGCGGCAAAAGCUCUUCCACAUCAAACGCUUGGUAAAAAAAUACGACCACGGUUUUUGCUAGUUUUAAUAAUCUAUGCGUGACCUGGCUCAAGCCACACACGCCCCGUCUUCCUCAUUUUUGUUGCCGUUAUACUGUUUUGCUCUUUACAUGGCGACAUAUGUGAACGUGACCUUUGACCUUGGCGUUUGCAUGUCCUUUACUUCGCCUUUAGGUUUGUUGAGCGUCACGUGUCACUUUGCAUUUCAGCCUCACAUUUGAGCUAGAACUCCAUCUAUCCAACUAUCAAUAUCAGUUCCAUAUGUGUAACAUGACGGUCGGCGAAGAGGAAAUACUGUCAAUAAAAG